AAAACGAUAGCAGUCGUCAGUAGGUGUUAGACGUUAGUACAAUUUGAACCUGCUUCAAUGACUGCAGCAUACAAUUGAGUUAGAUAAUACUGUAACUGUAUAAAAUAAAUCUGGGCAUACGCACGCUCCUCUUACCUGCACGGUUGUGGUGAACUCGGCAACAGAUAUAAUAAUAAUUUUUAUAACCAAUACAAUAUUUGGUCUUAAUCGUCGUAAUGAUUUCAAGUGACAUCAUCAAUUAUCUGUUUGAUUCUACAACGGUUGUCGGCAUUACCGUUGCAGUAUUGACGAUCGUUUACUAUUAUUCGACUAACACGUACGGAAAAUGGCGAGAACUAAAAGUGCCCCAUGUGCCACCGUGGCCGUUGAUCGGUAACACAUUCAAAAUGAUAACAGCACUCGAACACCAGGUGGAAACAUUCGACAGAUUUUACAAACGAUUCGCUGGCGAGAAAUAUUGUGGUUUCUAUCAGAUGAAGACGCCGUUCCUGAUGAUCCGCGACCCCGAGCUCAUUAACGCCAUACUGAUCAAAGAUUUCUCGAAUUUCACCGACCGCGGUUUCCACAAGGACCCGUCGACAAACAUAUUAGCGAACGGACUGUUUUUUUUGGGCGGUCCCAAAUGGAAAACAAUGAGACAGAAACUGAGCCCGGGAUUCACGUCUGGUAAAUUAAAACUGACCCAUGAUCAGAUAGUGGCGUGCAGCGAAGAGUUAAUGCGAUUCAUCACGAUCAAAAUAAAGGAAAACGAUCAGAUCGAAGUCAAGGAGAUCAUGAGCAAAUACUCGACAGACGUCAUCGGAACAUGUGCUUUCGGUUUGAAAUUGGACACCGUCAAGAACAACGAUUCGGAUUUUCGUAAGUAUGGAAAGCAAAUAAUUCAAACGAACUUCAGGAUUCUUUUCACUCAGAUGUUGUCGCUUACGUCGCCGAGAUUAACAAAACUGUUGGGAAUCUCUGAGUUUUCACCCGAUGCUUCGGCGUUUUACGAGUCGGCAUUAAACGAAGUCAUCAAGUACAGAGAAGCGAAUGGCAUAGUCAGACAUGACGUGGCGCAGAGCUUGAUAGAUGCCAGAAAACAAUUGGUGUUGAACUCGACAGAAGAAAAUGAAUUUACCGAACAGGACAUAGUCGCAAAUGCGAUCCUGUUGUUUCUUACUGGUUUUGAACCCGUGUCUUCCACGUUGAGUUUUUGUUUGUAUCAGUUAGCGCUAAACCAACACAUUCAGAACAGAAUGCGUGACGAGAUGAAUUCAAAGUUGAAGGAAUACGGACAAAUGAACAAUGAUUUUCUGGUAGAUCUUCAUUACACCGAUAUGGUAUUGGCAGAAACAGGACGUAUGUAUGGAGUAACUAGCGCGUUAUUCAGAGAAGCAGUGAAAACAUACACAAUUCCUGGAGAGUCUUUGGUUAUUGAAAAGGGGACCAAGGUUAUGAUACCCAUACAUAGUAUUCAUCACGAUCCAAAAUAUUACCCCGAUCCGUACACAUUUGACCCAGAAAGGUUUUCUCCAGAAGAAAAGUCUAAACGACCGUCUGCUACUUACUUACCGUUUGGCGACGGACCACGGUUUUGUAUAGGAAAACGAUUUGCUGAAUUGGAAAUGAAAAUGGUUCUUUCACAACUAUUGACGACGUUUCGAGUUUUGCCGUGUGAAAAAACUGAAUAUCCACUUAAAUUUCAAAACGGAUUACUCAUAUUGACCACAAAAAAUGGAAUUUGGUUACGUUUUCAAUCAAUUUCAACAUGAUUAUUGGUGCUUAUACACGAAUUACAAAUUAUACGCUCAAUUAAUUAUAUUAUUACUAUAAGUCAACAAAAUAAUCAUUUUGAUUAUUAUAAUA